AGCAUUGGUGACCCGUAGCAACGCCCUCAAGGCGGGAUCAGAACGUUGCGGGGGUCCCGCUCUACACCGCUGCCGGCGCCGCGUGAGGAAGGUUGGGACCUAGGGGAGCGAAGGUUUCCAUGGCAGCGGCCCGGCAGAUGCAUGCGCACUGCGAGCGGGUGGCAGCUGGAAGGCGGUGCUUCAGGCCGCCAUGUCGGCGCCGCUGCGGGAGGCCACGCAGCAGAGGCUGGCGCGAUUCGCCCAGCUCCGAGGUAAAACUGCUUGCACUGGAGAAUUCUGGGAUGUUGUCGUCAUUACAGCAGCUGACAAAAAACAGGAAUUUGCUUAUAAAAAGCAGUUAUCAGAAAAGUUGAGAAGAAAGGAGCUCCCACUUGGAGUAGAUUAUUGUGUUUUUGUGGACCCCCCUGGACAAAAAAUUGGGAAUGGUGGAUCAACACUUCACGUCCUUCAGUGCUUGGAAGAGCUAUAUGGUGACAAGUGGGCUUCUCUUACCAUCAUACUAAUUCAUUCUGAUGAAUGGAAGAAGAAAGUUAGUGAAUCAUAUGCUAUAAUCAUAGAGAGAUUAGAAGAUGACUUGAAGAUCAAAGAGAAGGAGCUAACAGAACUGAAACAUGUGUUUAGCUCUGAUGAAGCCUUCAGCAAAGUCAAUUUAAAUUAUCGCACGGACAAUGGGUUGUCUCUUCUUCAUUUAUGUUGUAUUUGUGGGGGUAACAAAUCACAUAUUCGAACUCUUAUGCUAAAAGGAUUGCGCCCAUCCAGGUUAACAAGAAAUGGAUUUACAGCUCUACAUUUGGCAGCUUACAAGGACAAUGCAGAACUUUUAACAGCACUGAUGCAUGGUGGAGCUGAUAUUCAGCAAGUUGGAUAUGGAGCACUUACAGCCCUUCAUAUUGCUACAAUAGCUGGUCAUCAUGAGGCUGUUGAUAUUCUCUUGCAGCAUGGAGCUUUUGUUAAUGUUCAAGAUGCGGUUUUCUUCACCCCAUUACACAUUGCAGCAUACUAUGGACAUGAGCAGGUAACACGCCUCUUGCUGAAGUUUGGUGCCGAUGUGAAUGCAACUGGGGAAGUUGGAGACAGGCCACUCCAUUUAGCUUCUGCCAAAGGGUUUCUUAAUAUUACAAAGCUCUUGAUGGAAGAGGGAAGCAAGGCAGAUGCAAAUGCACAGGACAAUGAAGAUCAUGUACCUCUUCACUUCUGCUGUCGAUUUGGACACCAUGAAAUAGUCAAGUUCCUGCUCCAAAGCAAUUUUGAAGUUCAGCCCCAUGUAGUUAAUAUUUACGGGGAUACACCAUUACACCUUGCUUGUUACAAUGGAAAAUUUGAAGUUGUCAAGGAAAUAAUUCAUCUGUCAGGAACAGAAAGCCUGACUAAGGAAAAUAUAUUCAGUGAAACAGCUUUUCACAGUGCUUGUACCUAUGGUAAGAACAUAGAACUUGUAAAAUUUCUUCUCGAUCAGAAUGUUAUAAGUAUCAAUCAUCAAGGAAGAGAUGGGCAUACAGGAUUGCACUGUGCUUGCUACCACGGUCACAUUCGUCUAGUACAGUUUUUACUGGAUAAUGGAGCUGAUAUGAAUCUGGUAGCCUGUGAUCCUAGCAGGUCUAGUGGAGAAAAAGAUGAGCAAACCUGUUUGAUGUGGGCUUAUGAGAAAGGACAUGAUGCCAUUGUGACCCUUUUGAAGCAUUAUAAAAGACCCCAGGAUGAGUCACCUUGUAAUGAAUACUCCCAGCCUGGAGGAGAUGGUUCCUAUGUUUCUGUUCCAUCCCCUCUAGGGAAGAUUAAAAGCAUGACUAAAGAAAAGGCAGAUGUUCUUCUCCUCCGUGCAGGUUUACCAUCCCAUUUCCAUCUUCAGCUCUCUGAAAUAGAGUUCCAUGAGAUUAUUGGCUCAGGGUCGUUUGGAAAAGUCUAUAAAGGGCGAUGCAGAAAUAAAAUAGUAGCAAUCAAACGCUACCGAGCCAAUACCUACUGUUCCAAAUCAGAUGUAGACAUGUUUUGCCGUGAAGUUUCUAUUCUCUGCCGACUCAAUCAUCCUUGUGUCAUCCAGUUUGUUGGUGCUUGCUUAGAUGACCCAAGUCAAUUUGCUAUAGUUACACAAUAUAUUUCUGGAGGAUCACUUUUUUCCCUACUACACGAACAGAAGAGGAAUCUUGACUUGCAGUCUAAAUUAAUCAUUGCUGUAGAUAUUGCCAAAGGUAUGGAGUAUCUUCAUAAUCUUACACAACCAAUUAUACAUCGUGACUUGAACAGUCACAAUAUUCUUCUCUACGAGGAUGGUCAUGCUGUUGUUGCUGACUUUGGAGAAUCAAGAUUUUUGCAGUCCUUGGAUGAAGACAAUAUGACAAAACAACCUGGGAACCUACGCUGGAUGGCUCCUGAAGUAUUCACUCAGUGUACAAGAUAUACGAUAAAAGCUGAUGUUUUCAGUUAUGCUUUGUGUCUCUGGGAAUUGCUAACAGGUGAAAUACCAUUUGCACACCUUAAACCAGCUGCUGCUGCAGCAGAUAUGGCCUACCAUCACAUCAGACCUCCAAUAGGGUAUUCAAUUCCCAAGCCCAUAUCGUCAUUGUUAAUGAGGGGCUGGAAUGCAUGUCCUGAGGGAAGACCAGAAUUUUCUGAAGUAGUCACCAAGCUAGAAGAAUGUCUUUGCAAUAUCGAGCUGAUGUCUCCAGCCUCCAGUAACAGCAGUGGCUCUCUCUCUCCUUCCUCUUCUUCGGACUGUCUUGUGGCACGAGGCGGCCCUGGCCGCAGUCAUGUUGCAGCUUUACGUAGCCGCUUUGAGUUGGAAUAUGCCUUGAAUGCAAGAGCUUAUGCUGUUUGGUCACAAAGUGCUGGACAACACCCCUCUCAAGGCCUGUCACUGGAUGACAUGAGGAGGAAUUUCCAGUACCCACCAAUUGACAAAAAUGGUUAUGUGUCUGAUCCCAUGAGUACUAUGCGAUUUCAUUCCUGCAGUCAUAGUGGCAGCUUUGAAGAAAGCAGCUGACAGAGUAAACCAUCUACCUGAAGAGAGAUUCCCCAUAAACAACAAUCGACAGCAACAACUCUUACCAUGUCAGCACCACUCCCGCUCAUCAUAUGUUACACCAGAGAUCCCUAAACUGGAGUGUUUAUUUACUGAUGAUGAACGUUUCUAUCUUAAAUUGUGCUGUAACCUUUCUUUCCUGCUGACAUGCUUGCAGUUUCAUGAUGGAACACACCGAUCUUUCCUCGAUAAAAGCAAAUAUCUACAAAGAAUGCUGUUCCUUAAACCGGAACAUUAAUCAUCUGAAAAGAGGUUAAUGUAAAAAAUAAUAAUAACGAUAAUUUAAAGUUACAGAAUUGUAAGGCAAGGGGCUUAGCCUGAGACUGCAGCAAAGCUUGUUGAAUUGUCAAGCCCUUCCCAACUAGUACAUGCAAAGUAACAACAAACCCAACAAAUCACAGCGAAUGAACAUCUUGACAUUUCCUGAACCAAUUCAGGGUACAACACAACUGUUGUUCUGAUUGCUCUGUUGUUCUCAUUCCUAGCUUUGAAGCACUGCCUAGGUUUCUUUUUGGAGCCUAUAUGUAGGAAUUUCCACUUCUCCAGUCUCCCAGUCCCUAAAUCAAACUGCUGUAGCUGGCUAGUUCCUUGUUCUUGCAGUUCUGCUCAACGCCCCCGGUCCCCGAAUGCUUUUACCUACAUUAUCCGAGGUGCUUAGGUGACCAUACUAAUAGGCUUUUCAACAUUUUUCUCUUCAUGUCUGUUCUUCAUUGCAGGUUGCACCCCCUUCCCUACACAAAUUUCAUAGAAAUACUCUCUAGUUUACUAAUCUUACAUUCAAAGAAAAACAGAAACCAACUUUAAGAUAGAAAGUAAGAAAGCAAGUCCCAAAUCAUGUAAGUUUAAUGUUGCCAGAUGGACUUGUUGUGUCACAAAUAUAAGAACCUAAAAGCAGUACAACAGGUUACAUUUUUUUUCUCUGCAAAAGCAAAACUACUGGAUAGUGCCAUCUAGUGACUAAAAAAUGCGCAUCAUUAUAUUAGGCUUCCAGAUUUUUCACAGAAACUAUUUCCAUCAUUAAAUUCUGUGACAGAAACUUUAAUUACUGGAAAUCAAAAAGAAGGGGGAAAAAAAGCUUGAGCUAUGGUUCUGGAACCUAAAGCAAAGUUAAUUAUGCUAUUAAUUAUUCUGUAUUUUUUUGGAAAAUAGCAAAAUGUAUUAGAGCUAGAUGUUGUUGUAAUAUUAUUUCCUAACUGCUUUUCAGCUGCCAGCUAGGCUAAGAAGAAACCUUGUACUCAAGACUUGUAUGCGUUUGCUUCUGAGAAUACCACUCAGUAUGCCGAUUUCUCCUGGCUAUUAUUCUUGAAUGAGCUCGCUGAGUAGAUAGUGUAGCGUGCAAUAGCAUUUGAACUACAAAAAUGUAAUAUAUUUUAUGGACUCAAGUCUACCAUGAUGUUAAUUUCAGGAUCCUGUAGCAAUAAAAAAGGGGGAAGGUUUCAGUUGGAUAGGUUAGCAGGUGCCACACUGUUUUAUUUCAGUCAUCAGAGGUAUUCUGCAGGAAAACAAAAGUGGCAGAGCGCUGCUCCCUUGCUGUCAACCCAAAGGCAGCACCUGGGCAGCCUCUCUGAUUUUCAAAAGGCUGCACUUCCAUUUACAGAAACAAACCACUUAAGCAAAUGUGAAUGUUAUGAUUAACGGGUCAUCUUCUGAGUCGGCUUGCCAGGAACAAAACCUGUCCUAAUAACAUUUCCCUCCACACAGGGCAGAAAGAAAGCUUCCCUCCCAGAACACGAGCCCUACAACCAACCCACAGGGCCUCCCACUCCAAGCGUCCGGUCCUCCCAUCCCGCACACCCCAUCCAGCAAGUCCUGGCAGCAGCUUUUUGCUCAGAACUUCCCAUUGUAAGGCGAGAUGGCAUUAUUGGAGUAGGAAUUCCUGUGGUCCCAUGAAGGGUCACACUAAGCCAAAAUGAGGUUUAGGUUCAUGAGUGAGACCAUGUCCUUGGUUCCUACUGAAAAUAAUACACGUUUUUAUGUUGAUUUCCAGGAGCAAGCUCUACAAAACCCCGCUCUCACUGUUUAAUGCUUUUUGAAGGCAUUUUUUUCUAAGCAAAAACCAGAAUGCUCCCACUUUCUUUUAAAUCAUUAAGUAGCCUCCAGAUCCUUCUGAUGUCAGCCAGUAUGCAUCACAUCUGCUGUGUCUCCACUGAGUCAGAGCCAGUUCUUUUGAAAGUAGAUUGCUAUCUUAGUCUGGCACUAGGAAAACCAGAAGAUGGGGGAAUGUCAGCCCUAUGGAAAGGAAAGGGGAAUGCCGUCAGUGCCACAUGACCAUUGCUGCCCAAAUGGUCGUCAAGCCGAACUGGAGCAGUGGCAGCAUAAAACACUGUACAACCACCCCCUCCACCCCCCAUGUGUGACUCAGAAAGUGAAUGUUUGCUCUGGACUGUCCAACAAAGGAAAUAAUGAACGAAGUGAGGACCCACCCACCUCCAUCUCUUCAGCCUUAGCGAUGAGUCAAUCCCAUUGUGUGGGCAGUGCUGUAUAAGAUUACUAAUCAAAAGAGCACCAAGUCUUCAGCCUUGUCUAUUGCAAGAAAGCUAUCAUUAAUAAUCAUUGCUAAAGGUUCUGAAAUCAGCUACUAGCUUUGUUAUUGUACAAAGGCUUGUUGACACCAGAAAUCUUCCCACCGUUGCUGAAGACCUAGUGCGGCUUUGUUUGGAGCAGGUUGAGAGAGCACUAUGGUAAAAACUCAGGCGUGUGCUCUCUACCAGAUCCUAUGGCAGUACAAAAAAGGGGUGAGAGUGACUGGCAAUACCAGUGCAAAAAAAUUGUUUAAGCAUAUGCAAGGCACAUUGUGGUCUGUUAGGUAUCUUUUGUGAGAGGAGUUGGAAGUAGAAAUCAUUGGCCAAAUCCAGAUGAGUGGGGCCAUGCGGUAUGUGGUGCUGCAGACAUGUCUGCAGUGCCAUGUACCUCAUGUUCAAUUGUUCUCCAUGCUGCAAAGGGGGCAGGGGGUUGACCUCCAUGGGUCAAAAAAAUGUAUGGAGAAAUAAAAGUGGGAUGGCACACACAGGGGCAGUGUGCGCCCGCCCAAA